ACUCAUGUAAACCCUACGCCGCAGCCAGCAUUUUUUAUUAGAAGCUACUGUUCCAUUACGAGUGACAGACAAACAGCCGCUGGUCACGCCCACCUGUGACAUCACAUCUUCCCGCCCAGCGCUCGGUCGCAUGGAUGUGACGUCACGAUUAGCUAAGAGGCACGGUAUAGCCAGCAUGGAGGAAAGCAUUGAGCUGUUGGUGGGCUGUUAUGAACAAGUUCUGUUCGGGUAUCGGGUACAUCGGGAAGGGGAGCAAUGGUUAAGUUCUGCAGACUUCACUCAUCAUGCCCACACUGCCUCUGUGUCUGUGCUUGCAGUGAAUAAUAGAUUUGUAGCCACUGGGAGCAGGGAUGAAUCCAUUCAGAUAUAUGAUAUGAAGAAGAAGGGAGAACAUGGAGCUUUGCUGCAUCACAAUGAGGACAAGUCGUGUCCCUUUCCAUUCAUCCUUCAGGAAAGUUAGCCUUAUCGGCAGGGACAGAUGAAACCUUAAGACGCACACAUUAUCCAGUGGUCUCCCAUUGGAGAGAAAUAUGUGGUUGUGAUACAUGACACGGUUGAUGUGUACCAGCUGGAGACUGCAGCAGUAGUUGGUACAAUUAAUAACCCAAAGAGAAUCUCUUCUGUACAGUUUAUAACUGUAAGUUACACAAAUUUAGCUUGGUUUCAGUGUUUCUAACUUUAGUAGUAGUUGUAUUAAUAUGGAUUUAUAAAGGUCCUUUUACAAUUAACUAUUUAAAGGUAUGGCCUUAUCUAUCAAGCACUCCUCAUUUUUCACAAGUUCAUAGUUCAAAGGGUGUUUUAAUGUGCACAAAAGAUGCUUUUUCCAGUCAGUGUAAUGUGCUUUUAUUCCAGUAAUUUGUACUUUAACCCUUUAACCACUAAGCACGUACGGCAUACGUGCUGGUGGUUCAGGGCUCAGGCUGCCAAGAACGUACCUCGUACGUUCUCCUGCAGCUGAGCCCUUCUCUCUGCAUCGGCGGCUUUUGCCGCCUCUGCAGAGAGUCAGGAGGGUUGACAGCCCCCUGGGCAACGAGGCUGGGGGGCUGUCAAGUCGGAUCUGCGACGCGAUUGUCGCAGAUCCAACUUCAAAGUAGCAAAAGCUACGUCCCCCAAACGUUAGGUACGUUUGGGGGACGCUUUGGACCCAGGAGAGACACCACAAGGGAGUCUGGAAAAAUCGGCAGGACUACCCCGAGGGAGCAUAUUCAAACUUUGUGGGACUAAAUGCGUAUUACCGAAAGAGGGUAAAUGUGAGUGUAUUUUUACUUGAUUUUAAUUAUGUUUUAAUAAAUGGUAUUACACUAUCCUCGGUUCCUAUUUUUAAUCCGGAGUCUGGCAGGAGCGGUGAGUUGGAGGAGUGACCAGAAAGGAUUUUUCUUGACAUGCAGAAUGCCACAGUAGUGGUUUGUAAGUAGGCAAUUUAAACUUAGUGUGGAGGCACUUGACUAUCGGAUUACACCUUUGUUGCACAGGAAGGAUGCCUCUUCUUCUAUUCACCUGGAUCUAUUUCUCUUUCUCUAAUUAAUAGCUGCCCGAAAAGAAAAGGGGAGCACAUCUCUGAAAAAUCAUUUUUACAUACGCACAGGGUGAUAUUCCCUUUAAUUGAACGUAUUACGCUAUGUGUUUCUAAUUUCUGUUGCCACAGGCGCUGAUCCUCUUAUAUAUAUAUUCCAUAGAGAAUACAUAUACAUUUGUUCUGGACUUUCAUUUACAGCUGAGGGACUGUGAAGGGAUCGGCAAGGAAUACCUAAGAGACUGACAUUUUUUUACCAAGUUGCAUGUGUAAGCAAUAUAUGUUUUAUCACAGAAAUGUGUCUGCGAAUUUAAAGCUCAUGAAAACA